AUGGAGUCCACAUCAAUCCCCAUGCUGGUUGCUGGACUUGUUGAUUGUGUAGCCCAGUUAAUAAGAAUAGCUGAAGAGCUUUUGCAGCUGAUUUCACAGGAACAAGUUCCUUGUGUAGAGCAGAAUGAUAGAGCAGAAGAGAUAGAAGGGGAUGCAUCUUCUCCUGAGGAGGCUUCGCUCCCAGACCUUGCUGAUUUCUCAGACUUAGAGUCAAUACUCAUACCAAGAGAAGAUGAAGACCUAGUCCUUGACAUAGAUCAAGCGAUGGUAGACAUAGAAGACUUAUAUGAAGAUGUACUCUCCAGUAUAAAUGAUGACCUAAGAAGUGGUUAA